GGGGAAACCGGGGCAGGCGGCAGGAAGGGGCGGGCGGUGGUGCGUGGUCUGAGGCGUGGGGUGCCGGGGAGUACUGGCGUCGGGGUCGGUCGAUUUAAAUGUCUCAAUGGAUACGUGGAACUUUUCCUAUACUUGCCUGGUGUCCUUAUGGCUGCACAGAUUUUACAUCUAUUCUGUUGUUGCUUUUGGGAUCAGCAUUUGGAUCAUCAUUCAGUUCUUCACCACCAAAACCAAAAAGAAGGGUGAAAAAUCCAAUGGGAAUCCAGCUGCUUCUGAAGGAAUAAAAGACAAACUAGUAAAUGGAUAUGCCACCCUGCAGGCAAAGGAGGUCUAUGUCGCUGGGGUAAAGAUUUUCUAUGGGUCCCAGACGGGCACAGCAAAGAAAUUUGCCAAAAGUCUGGCUGAAGCAGUUAUUUCCCUUAAUUUGCCUGUGGAAGUCAUUAGUAUGGGGGAUUAUGAUCCAGAUGAUUGUUUAGCAGAGGAGACAACCAGCAGGAACAUUUGUGUGUUCUUGGUAGCUACGUACACAGAUGGACAGCCAACUGAGAGUGCAGCCUGGUUCUGUAAGUGGUUAGGAGAGGCUGUGAAUGACUUCCGCUUUGGGAAAACGUAUCUGAAAGGCCUGAGAUACGCUGUGUUUGGCCUGGGAAACUCAGUUUAUGUUGAUCAUUACAACACAGUUGGAAGAAAUAUUGACAGGUGGCUGUGGAUGCUCAGUGCCAGCCGUAUCAUGACUCGUGCUGAGGGGGACUGCAACGUGGCCCAGAGCAAGCAUGGCAGUAUUGAGGCCGACUUUGAAGCCUGGAAAGUCAAGUUCCUCAGUCGGCUCCAGGCGCUCUGCAGAGGGGAGAAGAAGCCCUGCAGUGGGAAGUGCAAGAAAGGGAAGUGCAAAUCUUCAAGGAAGCAGAGCAAAGAGAGCUCAGAUCAUGAACACGGGGCAUCAGAACAUGAGAAUACUGAGGCAGAGGAGUUGUUUGAAACCAGUAGCGAAGAGGAGGCUGAUGCUGAGGAAGCUGGAGGCACAAAUGCUGUCGUCGAUGUUGAAGAUCUCGGCAAUAUCAUGAGCCACAUGAAGAAAGCAAAGAGAGAACGUGAGCUCGAGGAAGAUGUUGGAAUGAGCUUGACUCGAGAGAACGCUGGGAGGAAGGAGGAGGGUGAAAAGAGAGAGAUGAUUACGCCGGCUCUGAGGGAAGCACUCACAAAACAAGGAUACAAGCUGAUUGGGAGCCAUUCUGGGGUGAAGCUCUGCCGGUGGACGAAGUCGAUGCUUCGAGGCCGAGGCGGCUGCUACAAACACACGUUUUACGGGAUUGAGAGCCACCGCUGCAUGGAGGCCACGCCAAGCCUGGCCUGCGCCAACAAAUGCGUCUUUUGCUGGAGACAUCAUACAAAUCCAGUGGGCACAGAGUGGCGAUGGAAGAUGGACCAACCUGAAAUGAUCUUGCAGGAGGCUAUUGAGAACCAUCAGAAUAUGAUCAAGCAGUUCAAAGGCGUGUCAGGAGUGAAAGCAGAUCGGUUCGAGGAAGCGAUGACAGCAAAGCACUGCGCGCUCUCACUGGUGGGAGAGCCCAUCAUGUACCCAGAGAUCAACCGGUUUGUGAAGCUCCUGCACCAGCACAGCAUCUCUAGUUUCCUGGUUACAAAUGCCCAGUUCCCAGAUGAGAUUAGGAACCUUGAGCCAGUAACGCAGCUGUACGUCAGCGUGGACGCGAGCACCAAAGAGAGCCUGAAGAGAAUCGAUCGCCCCCUCUUCAAGGAUUUCUGGCAGAGGUUUCUUGACAGUUUAAAGGCCUUGUCUGAAAAGCAACAGCGCACUGUUUAUAGGCUGACACUGGUGAAAGCUUGGAACGUGGAUGAACUGAAAGCCUAUGCUGACCUGAUAGCCCUCGGUAAACCAGACUUCGUCGAGGUCAAGGGCGUGACGUACUGCGGCGAAAGCUCGGCCAGCAACCUCACCAUGGCCAACGUCCCCUGGCACGAGGAGGUGGUGCGCUUCGUCCAGGAGCUGGCUGACCUCGUCCCCGACUAUGAGAUCGCGUGUGAGCACGAACACUCGAACUGCCUCCUGAUGGCUCACAAGAAGUUCAAGGUGGACGGCGAGUGGUGCACCUGGAUCAACUACGGCCGCUUCCAGGAGCUGGUGCGAGAGCACGAGAGGAGCGGCGGGGCCAAGACAUUCACAGCAGCCGAUUACGCAGCCAAAACUCCUCGCUGGGCGCUGUUUGGGUCCAGAGAAAGGGGAUUCGAUCCCUUGGACGUAAGAUACCAGCGGAAGAACAAAGCGAGAGACAUCUCUGGGUGCUGAGGUCAGGUUGGGGCUUGCCGAACUCUGGGCUGGCUGCUGAGUUUUGGUCUCUGUUUCUAGGCUAACGCCAAUCAAUUCACCUAGAUUUUUCUGACGUUUGAUAUUGAGAAGGAGGGUAAAGCCUUUAUUUAACCCUUCCCUCCUGUUUUUAGAGCUUCUUGGAUGAAAAAGUUUAUAACGCUCUCUAUCUCAAGAUAAAUCACAAAUGGUGCGUGCCAGCGAUUUAUCCUAAGUGGCAGCGGGAGGCGGGAGGCAGCGGUUGGAGUCUCCGCAGCGGAGAGCGUUGGGAGUUGGAUUUCUGUGCCCUGCUGCAAGGAGAGCAGGGCACGUGCUGGCACCCAGCUCGGCAGCAAAACGUUCCGUGUCCAUACGGAUAAGCACCAAGGGGACUUCAAUGCCACAGGCUGGUUGGAUCUGUGCAGGUAGGACUGUGGAAGGAUGUGGAUCUAAAAGCCUGGUGGAAGUAUCAUUGUACAGACGGUAACAAAGAUUUAUGUAUUUUAAACACUGGUGCCAAUUCCUAUAAAGACCCCAAUCCCGAGAAGCUGAAGCUUGGGAAAAGUAGAAGUAACGGCACCGCUCUUAAUGUCGUCUGCGACUUCUGAUAUCUCUCCAAAUGUUUUCCAACUUCAUGGGUUUGGCAGUGAAUAUUUCCCAAGUAGUUUUAUCCCACUCCCCCGGCAGCCCUAAACAAUACAGAUAAUUCUUAAAAGCCCCGUGUGUGUCCAGUGUCCUGCUGAUGGUGAGGAUGAUGAUGGUGCUGCGGGGACCCGGCAGCAUUAGACAGCAGCUUCCUUCGCUCCACGUAGGCAAGUCGCCAGCGUCGCUGCUGGUUUGGGUGGAGGUGGGAAUCUGAUGGAAAUGAAAACCGGACCUGUUGGAGGUCUCUUGGGUCAAGAAACCAACUCUAGUCUAGAGAGGUGACAUCUAGUCCAGUGACACGUCCCCGGGCGUUGCUCUCGGCGACCCUGGGCUGUGCCUGGCGCUCUGUUUGGAGGUACCGCAGCCUGGCUGGAAAAUCGCUUUUCAAUGAGAGGGAGGGGGGUUGUUUUCUGUUGGGGAAAUCCCCACUUUCACCUGAGGAAAGCCUUUCCCUUUCUGUUUGUGCAACCUCCGCGCCAGCUGCAGUCCCGACGAGUUGCCGGGGCUCGGUGUGCAAACACCCGGCACACCCCGCUGUCCAGCUCUGCCUGCGGGUGCCGAAUGGCUGAACUGGGCUGCGACGCUCCCGCUUCCCGGCCAGCCUCCCCCACCUCUGCCCGGGGCUUCCACCCUUUGGUAGCCCCGAGGCACGUGCCCAGCCAGCCUUUUGGAGUGCGCGGGCAGCAGACAACCGGGCUCCCCCAUUGCCUCGUGGUGGCUUGACCUGCUCCAGCCGAAGCCCUUUGGCUGAGGAACCUGACCGAACCAGCUGCAGAAAGAGCUUUCGUUUAGACCCAGAGGUGUCAGCUGGUGGUGGGAAGAGAAACACAGUCAUGGCCGAGUGGUUUUGCUCUGCUGAAUUCCAGGAGCACAGAUCAGAGAUGUUCACAACGCUCCCACCUUAACAGUGAGGUCCGUAAGCCUGCGAUGCCCUGUGGCAGCACUGUGGAUAGGACUGUUCCUGAGAUUGUGAUUCUUUUUUAAAAAAGAACCUCAUUUCUUAGACUAUGAGAAGUGUUUCUGA